ACUACAUCCAAAUCAUUGAAGACUGGUUUUCUGCCCGGUUUACCGAGGGUGGUACCACCAAGAAUAUAAAUACGAUGGCUGUCUUCUUAACCCUGGCGUACGUCUACGAGAAAACAGGGAAUAUCACGUACCGUCCGUGGUUAGAGGCAUGGGCCGACUGGGCGAUGCAUGAUCUCCCGCGCACGCGCUAUGGUGGCUUUCAGCAUGCGACCUACUUGACCGACAACCAUCAGCAGUUGUGGGAUGAUACGUUGAUGAUGACGGUUCUACCUCUCGCCAAGAUCGGAAAGUUACUGAACCGUCCGGAGUACAUCGACGAGGCGAAACGGCAGUUCCUUGUGCAUAUCAAAUACCUUUUCGAUACACGAACUGGUUUAUUUUAUCACGGAUGGACCUUUGAAGAUGGCGGGCAUAAUUUCGCCUCUGCUCGCUGGGCGCGCGGGAAUUGCUGGGUAACUAUGGUCAUUCCGGAGUUUAUCGAAUUAUUGGACCUGCCUUCCACGGACCCACUUCGCGUACACCUGAUUGAUACUCUAUAUGCGCAGUGCGAGGCUCUUGGACGCCUCCAGGGGGGCUCCGGGUACUGGCAUACGCUCCUCGACCAUCCUGACUCGUACGUCGAGGCAUCUGCAACCGCUGGGUUUGCGUACGGGAUUCUCAAGGCUGUACGAAAGAGGUACCUACCGCCAGCUUAUAGAGGCGUGGGCGAGAAGGCAAUCAGCGCUGUACUUGGGGCCGUGGAUGCAAACGGGGAGUUGCAGAAUACGAGCUUCGGAACAGGAAUGGGGGACUCUCUUGAUUUUUACAAGGCAAUUCCCCUCACAGCUAUGCCGUAUGGGCAGGCGAUGGCUAUUAUGGCAUUGGGGGAAUAUCUGAGAACAUUUCUAUAGUAUAUACUACAUGUGAGAAUUUUAAGACAUAUCGGGCAGUCACGCACAGGUAGAUUCCUCGUUUCUCCAGUUCUUGUUAAGGCUCUCCCUAGCUCAGAUAGGAAUAUUAUCCGUCCC